ACACAACAAACGCUUGUAAUGUAUUUUACAACUUGAAAACGACCUGAUGUCAGAUGAAGAAGUCUGAAGAUGCCCUGGAUAUCCUGUUGCAGGAUGACCCAAACGAACAUGCAUUCAGUAUAAACAUGUUAUUGAUAUCCCAAUCUUUAGUGGGAAGCUUCCAGGUAUCUUCCGCUAGUGACAGUCUACUGGCAAAUCCAGACAUGCAUUGGAAGUAUAAUGAUGUGGAGGACACAGGGACACCUGUUCCAAGAACUGUGGCAUUUCAUUCGGAGUGAUAACCUGGCAUUCAGUUGAUAUGGGACCUGAUUAUUCAGAGAAUUGCAGAUUUUAUAAAGCUGUUUUUGACAGAAGAUUUGGUUUUCGUCAUCUGUGUUGCCACCAACCAUUAUGUUGCGAUGCUCAUAUCUAGGGGGAAGGAUUGUCAUAUGCUUCCCAAGGAAGUUCACAGCUUUUCACUGAAGAGGAACUGUACAGAUUUUUGGGCAAUAUCUUAUACAUGUCUGCUGAGAAGUUCCAGUCGAUAGACAGAUAUUGGUCAACGCAUGCCUCUAUCGGAACAAACCAGCAUCAAGAAAUAUGUCUAGAAAUAUGUUUUAAGAGGAAAUUUCGUAUUGUCCUUUACCUGGGAGCCAGGAAUUAUUUUGAAGCCAGGUCGAAUCAGAGGCAUCAGUGUGUGUUACAUCAAGGUUUGAUGCACUCAACAGUUUUCUUAAUAUUUCGGGAAUAAAUCCCAUUAAAAGUUUGCAAGGAGAUUUAUCAUCAGCGAGUGAAAGAACACAAAAGAGAUAUAUAGAGAAAACCAAGCAAUGUCUAGAGCAAAUUUUUUCCACUAUCUGUCCCGGUGAUGAAAAUUUCUUAAGGGUAGCUGUGCUUGGUGAAAGUGUAGAGAAAGAUGAUGACCUGACUCUGGACAGUUUAGUAGAGAUCUAUAGAAGUGCAGAGACGUGGACUCUACAACGCUAGAUUUUAUCCAUCAUAGUGAAUCAACACAGUUUUGAAAGUGUUCAAAAGCUUCUACCAGAUGUUACCCGGUACAAAUAUAGCCAUGCCAAAAAGCACUGUGAAUAUCUAGGCGUGGGAGAGCCUGUCCAAACUUGCAAGCUAAGCCGGGAAAAAUUCAAAACAGAUCAGCUAGACCAUUUCAUUGACUUCAUUACAAGCAAACAUAUCAUCAAAGAUCAGCCUUUUGGAGAAAAGACCUUAAGAUUAACAACUGGUGAAAUUAUCAAAAUACCAAGUGUAAUUCGAAGUCUUGCUCCAUCAAACAUAAUUUCGCAGUACCUGGCACUGUGCAAGGAAGAUAUUGUAAUCCCCUUGGGUACAAGCACUAUGUUUAAACUCCUUGAUGAAUGUGCUGCAUUACUAAGGAGAGGUGUAGAAGGGCUUGACAACUAUGUAACAGAGGGAUGCAGAAGUUUUAUGGAGCUGAUCAAAUCAGUCUUCCUGGCAUAAGUAAAAGACCUUUAAGAGAAGGCCUACACCAUGCCAAGCAAUAUUUGAAAUCACAGUACAAGAUGCACAUAGCCAAGGAAAGCCUGAUUCCAGACCAAUGCAUUUCACAUGCACUCAGUGUUCAAGGUCAGAGCUUUACAGAGGCCUGCCAUCAUGGACACAGUAGCAUUUGCCAAGACUGUGAGAAGAUGGAUAUGACCCUGAAACAAAUACAAAGACUUGCUGAAGAACAAAUCUGGAAAAAUAAAGAAGCAACCAUGUUUGUGGUUGAUGAAGCUGUCAGUGCCAUACAUAAGUGGAAGGCUCAUAUUCUGAGAUCCAAAAAUCAAGAGAGAGCUAGAACCUGUAUUAUUGAUAAAAUGACAGAGGGUGGUGUUUUGGUCACAUGUGACUGGGCAAUGAAAUUCCUACCGAGGAAAUACAGAGAAGGUCAAAUAGACUGGUUUGCAAAGCGGGGCAUAAACUGGAACGUUUAGGUAUCCUUGUGGAAGCAAGCUGCAACUUUUUCUUCUGCCACACAUGUACACAUCUUUGAUUCACAAACUCCACAGGAUGCUGCAGUCACCGCCAACAUAUUAGUGGAUGUUGCCAGAGAUCUCUUGAAAUGCAGACCAUGUUUAAAACACAUCCAUUUCUGUUCAGAUAAUGCAGGGUGUUACAAAAGUUCAGUGACCAUAGCACUGCUAAAUAAGGAGUUGUCUGAAAACAUUGUGUCCUACAACUUUUCAAAAACACAGAAUGGGAAAGGCCCUGGAUAGGCGUGCUGCCAACAUUAAGGGCAUCAUUAGGAGAUACAUCAACGAAGGCCAUGUUACAACUGCAAUGCAGAUGAAACAGCCUGUUGAUAGAGAAAAGAAGGUGAAUUUAAAAGUCAAGGUUUUGACAUCUGUGAACAUGAUUGAUGUCCAGCCAUCAAAAGUAUCAAUUCCUGGAAUAUCUUCACUCCAUAACUUCCAAUUUUCCAGUGAAGGCCUCACAGUCUGGAAAGCAUAUUCCAUCGGAAAAGGAAAACUGAUACCUUGGAGUCAGAUUGGGCAUGUCAACAAAACCAUAGAAAUUCCAGCUGUUUCAAACUGGAGCAUUGACCAAGACGUGUGUCAACAACAGGAUUUGAUUAUUGAAAACGAUGAGGACUCUGAGCAAGACUUGUCAGCAAAUCUUAGAGUAAAUCAGUGUCCCAAAAACAGCUGCAUGCGUAUGUUUUCAUGCCAGAGCACAGUUGAUGCCCACAUUUUGCUAGGAAAAUGUGAUAGUGAGAAACUUGUUUUAUCUGACAGAGCUAAAAGAGUGUAUGCUAAUAAACUGGAGGAUCUGUACCCUAAGCGGGAAUAUAUUAUCCCAGUACCUGAUCCAGAGAAUGAACAAGCAGAAACUACCAGUCUGAGUAUGAUAACAACAGGAUGGGCCAUUAAGGAAACAAAAUGUAGAGUGAACUUCACACAAAGGCAAAAGGACUUCAUAAAGCAAAAAUUUGACUUUGGGAAAAUAACAGGAAAUAAGAUUGAUCCUUAUGUUGCUGCAAAGGACAUGAGAGAAUGUGGUCUAUUUUGUCGGAAAGAAUUCUUAUCGGGACAGCAGAUUGAGUCAUAUUUUAGUCGUCUCUGUGCCUUUGAUAAGAAGAUUAGCUCUGAUGACUACGUAUGUGCAAAAUUAGAGAAUGAGAAAGAUUGUGUGCGCUCAUCAUUUGAGAAGGUUCUGUCUGUCUUGUAAUAUAGGUAUAUUUUUCAUCUAGAUGUGAUGAAAUAUCCAUCAGAUUUUCUUUUUAAAAAUUGACUUUCCCAGCAUACCAAAUAACUUCAAGAUGACCAUGAUUGAUAUAAUGUUAGGGCGUACCUUCUUAUGAUAUUGAAGUAUAAUUCACAUACCAAUGUUUAAAUUAUAUAUAUGUUAAUCAUAUUUAUCUGAGAAACUAACAUGAUGAAAGUCUAGACCUACAAGGUAAAAAUUUUUAAGUUCAAUGAUAUAACACAUGGUAUUGGCACAUAGACAGUCAUCAGAGCUAAUGUUAUACUGCAAUGGGAUGAGGUGUGUGUGUGUGUGUGUGUGUGUGUGUGUGUGUGUGUGUGUUCUUUAUUGCCCUGUAAAUCAAUAACAAGAGGCCCACAGGCCUUAUCAGUCACUUGAGUAGGGCUAUGAAAUCUAGAAAAGCUUUCCUGUUCUAAAUAUGAUACCUAAAUUCUAAUAUUCAGCAACAGUGCGUAUAAAACUAGAUGAGUUCUUAAAACUUAAAUGCCCUUGGAAGUGCUUAUACUGAUGAAAGGCUUUACAUAAUUUGAUUUAUGUAACAUUAACAUGAUAUGAUUAAUUUCGACCAGUCCUAUAGAAUCACAAGCUAGGGAUGCGAAAUUCACAAUUUGAUACAUCCUUUUCUGCUUUUCCUAUAUAUGCAUUUAGUUUUCAUACUGUAUCAGCACAUUUAAUAAUAAUUUUGGCUCCACCCUGGAACCAAAUCCCUUACUCCCUGAAACGAUGAAAUUUACAAUUUUGGUCCAUAAUUGAAUUUCAAUAUCACACUUGAUUCCAGUGGCAAGGUGAAAGACAAUUUUCAUGAUAAUUUGAGAGAAAGAGUGGAAUGUUCAAACAUGCAUUUUCUAAAUAUGGUAACUAUAUUUCAAAGAAUAUUGAUACAGCUUUUUAGAUAUAUGAUACAAUUUGUACGACAUGUACAGAGUAAAUUUGAAUCAAAUACUUUGGUAAAAAAAAAAAUGCAUUGAUUUCAUUAUCUGUUACCAUGACUGCAAUUACAUUUGUUUUAUCAGGGUGCAUGCACUGGGUAUAUGUUAAAUGUGACUUACAUGUACUUGAAAAUAUUGUGAAACUCAGAUUUGCUAUAUUUUAUUACUUUGUUGCCAUAGCAACCAUGUGGUCACUGAUAGGAAGUAUCUAUCAGUAUCAAUUUGUCUUGUUGAUUAUAACUAAACCUGUCAAUAAAAGCAGUUUUGUUUUUGUC